AUGCGAAAAUUAAAUUUUUUUUCUAUUUUAAAAAUUAAAUUUUCAGUAAAAUUUCAAAAAAAUUUCUUGUCUAAUCAUCAAACUAUUCAUUCAAGUUGCAAAAUGUCGCAUCGCAAAUCUGGGCCAUAUUCAGACAAUACUUCUGUGGAUGAUGAUCCAUUAACUGACGACGAUUCAAAAAAGAAUGAGGACAGAAUUCGUGAACUUGAGAGAGAAAAUCGUGAAUAUGAAAGUACAGUUCAGGAUUAUCUUAGGCAAAUUAUUACCUUGCAAAAUUCUUUGAAGAAGUCUCAUGGGAAGGAAUGUGCUGAAUUGAUUAAGGAAAAGUGUCAGGAAAUCGAAGAGUUGUUGAAGAACAAAAAAAGUUUGGAAGAAGACGUGGAGCACUGCACUACAGAUUAUAAUCAAGUUAUGGCUACUUUUGCGGAAAACAAACGUGAUGCUGACAAACGUGAGGCUAAACAGGCGGAGACGAUUAAACAGCUUCUAUCCAAGAUUGAACUGAAAGAUCGAGAAAUUGAAAAGCUUCGCAAAUUGAUUCCGUAUGAAGGUUAUUGUCAGGCAAACGGGUUUCUAGAAGUCCGGGGAUUUAGAUCCGUAAUAAUGCCUGGUGUGAAACGUAACGCAGUUCAUUUCUCUCCAGUGCAAUUUGACAGCCAAAAGCAAAAAAUGUCUUCUUCUGACACCUUUACCCAACUUGCUAAUCAAUUAGCAGCAAUUGGUAAACAAAUGGAAAGCAACAGUGGAACCGAUAAUACGACAACAAUGCAGCAAAUGUUUCAAUUUUGCACCACAUUAUUGACUCAAAUGGCUCAACAACAAAAUUUAAUUAUGGAACAACAACAAACUAUUCAAAAACUUCAAAUGCGUGACACUCUCCUGGAUCUCAUUGAAGAAGAAAAACAACAAAAAGCAAUCGUGAUCACCAAUCUACCUGAAAGUAAUUGUGAACAUGCAAAGGAGCGUGUGGAAGAAGAUUUUGAACAAAAUGGGAACAAUUUCUGGAAGACCGCGACUUUUGAAGGUGGAAUUACCAACCAGGUUUUUUGCAAGAAAAUUUUUAUUGAAUAA